AUGAUCCUAGUGUGUGUCAUUCACAAGUAUGGAUGGAGAGCUGCAAACUACAGGCUUAAUAUCAAGGUAGAACAUGUGUCAUCAAAAAAUAAAUGACUUAUUUAUCACUAUAUUAUUAUGCAAGAUGAUACUAUGGGCAUAUAUUAGUUAAUAAUAUAAAUACAUAAAUUGACCUUGAUGAAAAUUGUUUUGUCGCUCCAACUGGUGUUUAGUCAAAGUUACUUUUUCCAUCCUUUUUUGCCCUGCAAUAAGCUUGAAAAUUAUAACUAAUUGUAAUAAAUAGCGGUUCCGAUGUGGAUGUAAGGGCUAGAAUCAGAAAAGCUAGAUCAGCAUUUGUGCUAUUAAUAAAUAGCGGUUCCGAUGUGGAUGUAAGGGCUAGAAUCAGAAAAGCUAGAUCAGCAUUUGUGCUAUUAAAGAAAAUCUGGGAGUCGGAGGAGCUGAGCUGCAAACCAAAGUCAGAAUCUUGAACACAAACAUCAAAACAGUCCUACUAUACGGAGUAGAAACUUGGAAAACAACGGCGAGCAUUACGCAAAAAGUACAGACCUUCAUAAACACAUGCCUUAGAAAGAUCCUGAAGAUCAAAUGGCCAAAUACCAUCACUAACAAAGAACUACCAGAAAGGACUUACCAGGUUCCCAUUGAUGAAGACAUAAUAAAGAGAAGAUCGAGAUGAAUAGGGCAUACUCUCUGAAAACCCCCAGAUAACAUCACCAGACAAUUGCUAACAUGGAAUCCACAAGGAAAAAGGAAGAGAGGAAGGCCAAAGAAUUCAUAGAGACGCGAGGUAGAGGCAGGCACACAAAAUAUGGGAUACGCCUGGAAGCAACUGGAAAGGAAAGCAAAGGACUGUGAUGAAUGGAAAAUUCUUGUGGACGGCUAUGUCCCAGAUAGUGUAAAAGGCAUAAGAAGAAUAAGCUUGACAAUUGUAACAAAUGACAAUUGGCAGUUUAUUCAUUUGCAAUUAAAGGUAGCCUAAAUUCUAAAAUAUUUUGCAUGGGCUUGUAGAAUAAUGUAUUUUGUUCACUCAGAUUACUAUUUUCCAUUGCUGCUCAGUAAAGAAAGAUUUCCCCCAUAAGUGAGAAAAUAGGGGAAAUACUUUUUAUCUUCAUAAUAAAAAAUAUUAAGCCCCAUUAUAUGGCCUUAGAAUUAACAGAAUAUGCAGAAGGAAAUAAAGAAGUUAAACGUAGUAUAAAGACAGAUAAAAAGAACUACAUAGAAGGAUUAGCAAGUAAAGCAGAAGAGGCAGCGUACAAUGGAAACACAAUUAAAAAGUUAUCUGGAAAGUUCAACAAUCCAGUGAGACCAGUUAAAACUAAAGAUGGGAAAUCAAUACCUGAUGAAGUGGGUCAGAAAAAAAUAUGGAUAGAGCAUUUUGAAGAACUCCUCAACCAGCCAGACCCACAUCACACACUUAACAUAGAGCCAGCGGAACAAGAUCUAGAAAUAGAUUGCAGCACACCCGCAAAACAAGAGAUAUGCAGAGCAAUUAAACAACUAAAGAAAGGCAAGGCGGCAGGUCCAGACAGAAUACCGGCAGAAGCCUUGACAGCAGAUAUUAAAACGAGCCCUGAAAUGCUACACACACUAUUCAAGAAAAUAUGGGAGGAAGAACAGGUACUGAUUGAAUGGAAAGAAGGACACCUCAUUAAGCUCCCGAAGAAAGGAGACCUUAGUUCUUGUUCUAACUAUAGGGGAAUAACCCUGCUGUCCACCCCAAGCAAAGUAUUCAACAGAAUGCUGCUAAACAGAAUGAGGGAGGCAAUAGACACCAAUCUUAGGGACCAACAAGCAGGUUUCAGAAAAGACAGAUCCUGCACAGACCAGAUUGCCACACUGAGAAUUAUUGUGGAACAAUCCCUGGAGUGGAACUCGCCACUAUACAUCAACCUCAUUGACUAUGAGAAGGCUUUUGAUAGUGUCGACAGACAGACUCUAUGGAAGCUGCUUAGACACUAUGGGGUACCACAAAAAUUGACAGACAUAAUGAAGGCUUCUUACGAAGGACUGUCCUGCAGAAUUGUCCACGGCCAACAAACAACUGCGGCUUUUGGGAUACAGAUCGGUGUCAGGCAGGGGUCUGCUUUCGCCUUUCUUAUUCCUGCUGACCAUUGAUUGGAUAAUGAAAAUGUCCACAGAGCAGAAGAGAAAUGGUAUCCAGUGGACACUAUGGAAACAGCUUGAUGAUCUGGAUUUUGCGGAUGAUCUGGCCCUAAUAUCACAAACACAGCAACAGAUGCAAGAGAAAACCAAUUAUGUAGCACAGUACUCUGCUUGCAUCGGCCUGAACAUCCACAGUGGAAAAAGCAAAGUCCUUAAAAUAAAUACAUCCAGCAACACACCUAUAGCACAGGAAGGAACAAACUUUGAGGAGGUGGAUAGCUUUACAUACCUCGGCAGCAUCAUUGACAUACCAGGAGGGGCAGACGCCGACAUAAGAGUAAGAGUUGGCAUGGCAAGAGCGGCAUUUAACCAGCUAAAAAAAGUCUGGAGCUGCAGCAACUUGACCCUCAAGACCAAGGUCAGGAUAUUCAACACCACAGUGAAACCUGUCUUGCUAUAUGGAGCAGAAACAUGGCGAACAACAGCAGCUCGUUCAAAAAAGCUACAGACGUUUAUCAACUCAUGUCUCCAAAUGAUUCUACGGUCGCCCAAAGUCAUCACCAACGAGGAUCUCUGGCGGCGCACACAACAAGAACCAGUGGAAGAGUUAAUCUGCCAGCGCAGAUGGAGAUGGAUUGGCCACACACUCAGAAAGCCCACAUCAAGUAUCACGAGACAAGCCCUCACUUGGAACCCCCAGGGCAAGGGAAAAAGAGGUCGACCCAAAACGACUUGGCGUAGGGAACUGGAGGCAGACACCAAAAAGAGUGGGGACAACUGGGGACAGCUGGAGAGACUUGCCCUAGACCGUGAUGCCUGGAGAGCCUUUGUUUGUGGCCUAUACCCCAGACGGGAUGACAGGCGAUGAUGAUGAUGAUAUAGCCAUAAGUAAAUAUCAUUUGUCUUCAUGUGCCAAGAAAAGAAUAAACCCCUUAGUACCCCUUCUUAUAUUAAUGAUGAGUUAAAGAGAUUUUACUGCAAUUAAAUUCAUUAAUAAGAUAGCUCUUGUAAUCUCUUUAUUUCUUUCAAUGCCAUUAUAGUGCACAUUAAAUUAUUUUUUAUUCAUCAACCCUUUAAAGGGGACACAACUGGAUGUUCUGAAAAUACUACACUGUUCCAUAGGUUGUUUCUCUUGUUAACUAUGAGUUUGGUAUCUCUUAUAAUAUAUUGCUUCUGGUAUGUCCUGCUUUCUUUUCACAACCGGGCCUCCCCUUCUCACCAUGCUUUAUAUUAAUAGUACUGGGUAAAAAAAAAAAGCUGCCAUGAACCGAACGUCAUGGGUGACAGUUGAACUCAGGUAAAAAGGUUGAAUUCUUUCAGAGGUUAUUAUUAUAUUAAUCAAUAAAGAGGCACAGGUGUGGUGUAGGACUGUCUAUAGGACUAUUGUUUAAAUUAUGGCUGUUAGGGUGUAGGACUGUCUAUAGGACUAUUGUUUAAAUUAUGGCUGUUAGGGUGUAGGGCUGUCUGUAGUACUAUUAUUUAUAGAAAAUGAGAAAUUAACCGCCGGUUAUUUUUUCAAAAUACUCAGACCACGCGUAAAAAAACUCUACCCAGAUAAUGCAAUAUUUCAUUGUAUACUGGUGUUGUUUUUUUAUUUUUUGGUACUACACAAGAAAUUUAGGGAAAUGAAUUAUAUAAUCCAGCAGCUUUACUACCAAGGAGAGAUUUUUUAUUCCUAGACCAGACGUAACAUACUUGUGAAAUUGUACUCUUUAUGUGUGUGUGUAAAUUAAUAUUUGUAUCUUUUGAGGAUUGUACCUUUUCACUUACUGUUCUGUAAUUUGAUAUAGUUUUGUUGUUUCUGUAUGUUUGAUUUAGUAUUUUUAUAUAAAUUUAACCUUUUUGCUACCGAUGACGUCAGGACGACGUCACGACCACCCACUUUCAAUUACCAAUGACAUCACAUUGUCAUCAAAACAAAGAGGCAAAGAACUUUUCUGAAAUACCAUGGACGUCAUGUCGACGUCCUAUUUCAAUGCUGUAUAUUUCUUUAUUCGUUAUUCUAUAGAGAGGUUAAAAAGCGAAUCGGAAAGAGAAUGAAAAAUACCGAAAAUCAUCCAAUUUUAUAAUAUCUGAAAAUGAGCAUGGUGAAGCCUUUUUAUGCCAUUUAGAAAGGAUCACACUUUUUAUAUUCCAUCUGUCUUCAUCUAGGAGAGGAAAUCCUUGAGGCUAAAAGUAGCAGUGCUUGUUUUGAACAUGAGCUCCAUUUUAGCUGCUGCCUACUUCUUCCACAGGCACAACAGCUACUGUGAAAACAACGGUAAGUUUAUUGGUUUCUCCACUACUUGUGGACGACAGCUGCAAAAUUCCACAUGGCUAUGAAAAGCUUUGAUUACAAUGUCAACAUUUAAAAAAAUAGGCAAUGAGUAAUUUGUAGCAUGACUGAAUGUAAAUAAAAUUUCAAAGCUGCCAUGCAGAUUAUACUCUCAUGAAUUCAGCAGAAAUCUUCAUCAAAGGGAGUAUGGAGUAUGAAUUAUUUCCUGUAUGUUUAUUUAUUCAUGGCUUGUGACACAUUUCUAAUGGUUACCUACUGUAGGGGACUAGCAACUUAUUGUCAUUAAUGUCAUCCCAGCUGAUUUCAUCCCAGCUGAUGUCAUCCCAGUGCAGUGUAACACCCGUGGACCUCAUCCUAUACCAGACAAAACAGAAUCUCUAGUCUUGUUACAAGUUGAUUUAGAAAGUAAUUUUGGUUUUGCCUAUUCUAGUAACAUACCUUUUGAGGAACCCUGCAGUUAUAUUAUGACUGUGAUGAGAUGUUACUGUCACCCUGAAGAAAUGUCACUGUGACCCUGAAGAGAUGUCACUGUGACCCCAAAGUGAUGUCACUGUGACCCCGAAGUGAUGUCACUGUGACCCCGAAGUGAUGUCACUGACAUUGUAGUCUCGAUUUCCAUCAGGAGAUACAAUUAAUUAGUAUUUAAAAAAACAAAACAAAUCUGUUUCCUGAGAAAUGAUUGCCACACAGGAUUUGUCACGUAAUAUUUUCUCUAAGCUUAAAGCUAUAGAGUUAUAGAACCUAAUAUUAUACAUUACCUUAUAAGAAUUAAAGUUAUGUAAUAAAAUAGACUUUAAGUUACUGUAAGUUCACCAAUUACAGUGUUCAUAUCAAUAAUUGUCCUCUUCAGUGUACAGUUUCUUCGGCAUCUCUGAGUUAGUAGUUAUUGUCUCCAAUGUUGGAUUCCACGCUACGGCCAUGCUGGACUUCAGAGGCACCCAUUUGGUGUUGUGGUG